AUCUUCAUCCUCUCCUCACCUCCAGCCUCUCAUUUCUAUUCCUCUUCGCUUCCUCAUCAACAACACUAUUGCACUCCUGUCCUACCUCCUCGAGCACCGGUACCGUGCCGGUGGCCGUGAUCUCGCUGCCUCGGUGCUGUACCUACUACAGCACUAAGCUGUCCGGUUGCAUCCCUUUUGGGUUCAUCAAUUACGUCGUGUAACUGAGAAUAGUACGGUACACACAUUCCCCCACACGGAUCACCUACGUAUCGUGCACAGCUUCCAUCCAUCCAAGCACACUCACAACACAUCUCACCUCCCUCUUUACCCCCUACCGAGUUUUCCGUUCCCCCUCCCCAUCUUCCUCUUCUGAGCAAAGCACAAUCCUUAGGGCAACAACAACAACAAUGAGCCGCCGUUCUCCGCCUCCGGGCUCAUCCGCUCGCUCAACAUUCAAUAGGUUCAAGGACUCUAUGCCGGACAGGUUCAACUCGUUACAGAGCAAAAUUGAGAACAGGAUAUCCCAGGUUCCGGACAAACUAUCUCAGGUUCCUGACAAACUCUCCCAGGUCCCCGAUAAGUUCCAAGAUUUUCGACGCGAGACACAAGCUCAACUUCCUAGGAGUAUUUCCCCGGCUUCAGUCGCAAAAGCACCGGAGGAAGGGGAUCCUAAAUACGAUCACGCCCUAGCCGGGCUGGCUGCGAAGAUCCUCUAUAGGGCUGGUGCCUGUCCGAUUAGUGGUGGGCCGCUGUUAGUUCUCUGUGCGGCUAGUUUUCCGGACACCAGGCAACUGGAUUAUAACGAGCUGUUGCCAUAUGUGUUGAGUAUUUUACCCGGAGACGAUGAACUUGGCGAGGAGAGCGAUGGUGGUGGAUAUUCUGUUGUGUUUUUCGCCGGAGGUGGAACUGCCAAUGUUGGCGGUAAGGAAGGAGGGGCGGGUGCGGGAAAGGGGAAUAGACCAUCUUGGGCGUGGACCUUACAGGCUUAUCAUCUGGUGCGUUUUGCUCUUAGCUCAAGCCUGUGAAUUUCACGAAGCACUUACAGAUAGGACAGUUAGGGAGAGCCGUGAAGAAGCGAAUCCGGAAACUAUGGGUUGUUCAUGAGAGGGCAUGGGUUAGAGUCAUCUUGGAGGUAAUGGCAGGGGUGGUAUCCGUCAAGUUCAGGAAGAAGGUCGUUCACGGUAUGUGAAACCCCCACGCCCACAUUUCGAUAUCUGAUAUAUAUAAUUUCCCCUGAUUUCUAACUUUUGGCCGCCGGAAUUUUUGGUUUUGCAUUAUAGUAAACACCCUCACUGAUCUCGCAAACCAUAUCGACAUCACCCAACUUCACAUCCCUCCGGCAGUGUACCUGCAUGACCGAAAGCUCGUGUCAGCAAUCUCAAUUCCGGAUCCCCCAUCCCCAAUAUUCGGGCGCCCACCCUUCCAUACUGCCGCCAACCCACCACGGGUUGGCGAAAACAUGCCACUUCCACAAGUCCUGAUAGAUACUGCGCGUUAUUUGAGAUCACAGUGCUUAAGUGUGGAAGGGCUUUUCCGAGUGACUCCGUCUCAGGCCCUGCUCGAUGUCGCCCGGGAAGCGUAUGACCGCAAGCAGUAUAUCAAAUGGGAUGAGUGGGGUCCACAUAUGGCAGCGGCUUUAGUUAAACUAUAUUACCGCUCCCUUCCGGAGCCCCUCAUCCCUAUGAGGUUCUACCAGGAUUUGCUAUCACUCGAAGAAGCGGGGGCCGGUGACGAAAAGGCAUUCUUGAAGGUCAAGGAUCUACUGGAUGAUGGUUUGCCCAAGAGCAGUAGGGUUCUUUUAUUAAGGCAUUUAUUGCCAUUGCUUGCGUUGGUUGCACAGAAUUCGGCGGUAAACAAGAUGAAUCCGAACAACUUGGCCGUUUGCAUUGCACCAAGUUUAUUAAAGUCGGACGAUAUGAUGGCUGAUGCGAAAGCUUGUAAUGGAUUGAGGACUUUUAUCCAGAUAGCUAUCGAGAGGGUCGAAGAGCUAGCACCAGAGCUGCCAAGUAGGGACGGCCCAGUGCGUAGCGGCAGUGGGAGUGGCUCAAGCGCGACCGGGGUGCCGCCACCCUCGGGAUCUCCCCCGCCAUAUUCGAUGGGUAGCAUGCAGCCUGUGCAGAGGAAAAAGCUUCCGGGUAUCAUGGGCACUAAGGAAAUGGAGGGUGGAAUGACUGCCCGGAAACCAGUCCCCGACAGUGCUUCUAGUUCUGUCACAUAUCUUCCCCUAGCCAACGAGCCGGAUGAAAAGAGCCAAUUAGUUGAAAAGGCCGAAGCUGAAGAACGAAAAGAAGAUAUCAGACGCUCUCCCACCCCAGGACUCCCGGCCGAGGAGGAAGAAGCCCCCCGAAGGGGCUCCGUUCUGUCAAUCCCCACAAGAACGAGCGAGGGAAUAUUACGGAGAAAAGCGUCGUUCCAGAGCCUUACGAACAACCCACCCGAAAUAGGUCCGAAACCCCCAAUCCUCUCAUCGUCGUCUUUAAUUCCAGACCCAUCACCACCAUCCCCUAUUACGAAGCCACCGCGUGUAAUACGCCGUGCAGCCUCUUCCACAUUCCCCUCCUCGUCAUCACCUCGUUCCUCAUCGUUUUCAUCCCCAUCCGUCGCCAGUAUCGCCAGCUCGCUAAAUCAGUCCCAGGUGCAGAAGAAUGCUCAGCUCAAGAGCCGGACGCCCCCGCCACCAGUUAUACAGAGGGCAAAAACCGAGGUUGGAAGUAUGAAGGGGCGGGGUAAAGUUGUCGAGGAGUUGAGGGCUCUGUAUGAGGAACGGGCUAAGGGUGUUGAAGUCCUCGUUAGAAACACGCCCGGUAGACUGAAGGGGAAGGGGAAGGAAUGAUUCAGGUUGGUCGGGAUGGUAUGAGUGGGUGAAUGGGCGGACGCGGAAUCGGAGUUUUUCAGUUUGGUCUAUUUUACUUUUGCUUUUUAUCCUUCGACAUGCCCCUCAUAUCGAGGGUUAAUGAUUGUGAUGCAGUGCGAAUUAUGUGGAAUAGUGAUGGUGGCAGUAUGUUUGUAGUUCGUGCAGAGGUGACGAGGGUUUGGAAGAGUGAGACAGGGUGGUCGACACUCAUUUUUUUAUUUUUAUUAUAAUACGAGUGGUCACCUGUGUGUAUUACACAGUUGAUUUGGCGGCAAUGAAUAGGGAUAGCUUAAAUCAAGUAAAUAAUGGUAAUUAUGAAAAAUAAACACCAAGUAAGCAG